CGUGCCGCUGCACUAAACAUGUCGGCUAGCAAAUCAUUUCUUGAAGAUUUCUCCAAUACCGAGCCCUUUUUAACCACCUUAUCAGAACCUGCCCAUCUGGGAAUGUGUCCAAAAAUUUCCGUGCCCUUCUGUUCCACCGGGUUCCGCACUGUCGCCAUUUUCCCUAGAACGUGUCUAUUGAGAAGAUACAAACGCGCCCCCCCCCCAGCCAAUCGUUUGUUGGAAUGGCUGUGUUGUCUGGCGUUCUCCUGAAACAACCACGAAAUCAUGGAAAAUAAGAGAUAAAACAUUAUUUCGGUGUUUUUUAUGCUUUCGUGAGGGAAAAUAACUCAGUGCUACGUGCUAUCGAUUUUAUUGAAUUUUUUUUGAGACUACUGAGGAAAGAUUUGUUUGUGAUAAUGGAUCAGGCACCUUCAGAUAAUGAGCUGAGGAAGAUCAUUGACAAACUGGCCCAGUUUGUUGCUCGGAAUGGACCAGAGUUUGAGCAGAUGACGAAAAACAAGCAGAAGGACAAUCCUAAAUUCAGUUUUUUGUUCGGAGGAGAAUACUUCAAUUAUUAUCAGUACAAAGUGACGACUGAGCAAGCGAUUUUAAAGCAAAAGGAAAUAAAUCCAAUGCAAAAUGCAGAUCCACGUUUAAACGUUUCGCAGCAGCAGCAGCAAGUAACAGGCCAACCAGUUGCCCAGCUCAAUAAUGUCACCCUAAAUACCCAGAACAACGGUUUGAGCCAAGUUGGUCCUGUUGGUGUGAUACCAUCGAUACAGAAUGCCGUGCCACCCGCUGGUAUUGGACCUGUUGGCAGUGUUAUGAGUGGUAAUCCAACGAUGGGUGGACCUGGUCCUGGUGUUGGUAUAAAUGGGCCACCAGCCUGGUUGCAAAAUGAAUUGCAGAAUCUACAGACACAGCAGUCAACACUUCAGGAGCAGGUGAAGCAGUCUGGUGUUAAUUUGGGGGCACAGCAUGCUGCACUUAUGGCCCAACAGCAGGGGAGAGUUGAGGAGGCUGUGAGACAGGCGCAGGAGACAGCACUGCAGAGCUCUGCACAGACAACAGAGACUAAUCUCAUUGCUUUUGAUGCUGUUCUUCAGCCUAUUAUUGACAGUUGCACUAAGGAUAGUAUUAGCACUGGAAAGGCCUGGAUUUUACAGUACAGUAUCACUCCUGCCAGUAAUCAGGUCAUUGCUGAGCAUUUGUUGAAGAGGGUGAUUCAGAGCACAACUUUUAAUCAGAAACUUCACAUCAUUUACCUCGUUAACGACGUCCUGCAUCAUUGUGCUAGAAAAAAGACUGGAGAUUUGAGGAAAGCAAUGGAAAACGUAGUAGUCCCCAUGUUCUGCAACACAUCAUUAGCAGCGACUGACGAUCAACUGACAAAAUUAAAUAAACUCCUGAGUCUCUGGGAGUCGAAAAAUAAUUAUUUCGACGAGGGUAUUAUUGAGAAACUCAAGCAGCCCAGCACCUCGUGGUCUGACUACCAAGCGAGUCUUGUGUCGCAGUUUGCCAGUGCCAUCACUCCAAUCACGACAACCACGAAACAGACUUAUGAUAAUUAUCAGGCGCAGCAUCAGGCAUUCGUCGAGCAUGCGAAGAAUCAAAUUGCUAAUAUUGAACAACGAAAAAGAGCUAUUGAGCAGCAGCUCAUGGCACCUGCACCACCGCCAAUGCCACCAAUGGUGCCAAAUCAGCAGAAUAUGAGCCUGCCACCGAGCCACUCAGGCCCACCACCUCCAAUAGCUGGGGAUUUGAAUUUCACUCAGCCACCACCUGGAUGGGGUGUGCAACAACCCCCAGGGCCACCUCCAUUUGCAACAGUACCACUGCCAGAUCUGUCAAAACCACCACCUGGUUUUGGACCACCGCCAGUGUUACAUGAGCCCUCGGUAGAGGAUCUCAUGCCCAGUAUGCCUUAUUUCGAGCUGCCAGCUGGCCUCAUGGUGCCACUCAUCAAGCUUGAGGAUGGCGAGUACAAGCCACUGGAUCCUGAUGCCAUCAGGCUACCACCACCAGCACCACCCAGUGAUCGACUUGUUGCUGCUGUCGAGGCAUUCUAUGCACCACCCAAUCAUGAUUCUCCCAGGGAUAGUGACGGAUGGGAGAAACUCGGUCUCUACGAGUACUACAAAGCGAAGAACGUGGCUCGAAAGCGAAAAGAAGAGGACGUUCUGUCAGGCGCUCGUGAGAAGUCGAGAUCGCCGUCCCCAAUACUCCGGGCGCGCUCGAAGAGCCCGAGUCCACCAAAGAAACGUUACAGAAGUAAAUCGCGUUCUCGAUCGCGGUCUAGGUCCCGGGGGCGAAGUAAAUCGCGCUCACCUACCUCCAAUCAUCGGCGAAACAGUCGCACUGGUGCGCACAGUACACACAACAGCAGAAAUCGAAGGAGAAGGAAUAGCAAUAAGGAGAGGAGUCCGGACAGGAGGGGUGAGAGGGAGCGAAGUCCAACACCUCCGAGUUUUCUCGGGUCAACUUACAGCAAAGGACCUGCCGAGUCUUCCCUGGAUGAGAGCAACAAGGGCCAUCAGCUGCUGAAGAAGAUGGGGUGGGGUGGGGCGGGUCUGGGGGCCAAUGAGCAGGGAAUCGAGGCGCCGAUUUCGGGGGGCGAGAUCAGGGACAGGAAUGAUCAGUACAAAGGGGUUGGCAUCAACCUCAAUGAUCCCUAUGAGAACUUCAGGAAGAGCAAGGGACAGGCUUUCAUCACGAGGAUGAAGGCCAGGGCUGAGGAGAGGGCUGAAGAGAGGGGGGACAGGGAUUGAGGGGGCGGAGUGGAGGACAAAUUCGAAAGUUCUAAAAAUUGAUGACAGGAGAAUUUCAAGAUUUACAAAAAAUUAAAAGUAAAAAUGGUAAAAUCGUAUGUGAACUUGACUAGAAUUUUGUGAACGCAUUUUUUGCAGAGAAUGGGAUUUUUUUAUUUUGUUCCAUUUCGUGACAGAAUUCUCAAGAGUUUCAGUGGUUUCAUGGUUUAUCGUUCAGCAUGGAUUGACGAACGUUGCAUUCCUGUUCUCAUUAGCGUGAUUGGGGAUUUAACGGUGGGAUGAUAGACACGUGGCUGGGAAAUUGUAAUUAUAAAUUUUGAGGAUAUUAGAAGUACUGUUUUUACGAGUAGAUUAAUCAAUUGUGUUUGAUUAUUGGAAUUUGUUGGAGUUGAGUACGAUUGUAAAUACUCCAAUGAGGUGAGGAUGGAUGUAAUGUACAAAGAAUUAAUUAUUGUUCAAUAAGAAAGGAGGAACUUAAUUUUA